AUGGCACAAAGCACAAGAUUAAUGUCAUUAUCGUCGUUACCCGGUGGAUUAUUGAGAAAUCGUACCAAUGGAGUUAUUUCAACUUCUUCUAGACUUGCCAGCUCGUGGUGGUCACAUGUGGAAAUGGGCCCGCCUGACGUAAUCCUGGGGGUAACCGAGGCCUUCAAGAGGGACACUCACCCGCAGAAAAUAAAUCUGGGUGUUGGAGCUUACAGAGAUGAUAAUGGAAAACCUUUCUUGCUGCCCAGUGUUUUAAAAGCGGAAGAAAGAAUUAGGGCGAAAAAAUUGGAUAAAGAAUACUUGCCUAUUUCUGGUGAACCUAAUUUCUGUACUAACAGCAUUACCUUGGCACUUGGAGAUGGUAAUGAUGUCGUAGCUAAUAAAUUGAACACAACUGUCCAAGGAAUCUCCGGUACAGGAUCAUUGUGUAUUGGUGCAUUUUAUUUGAGUAAAUUUUUCCCUGGUAACAAAGAAGUUUACAUGCCAACACCAACAUGGGGAAACCACAUUCCUCUAUUUAAACUAGCCGGAUUAACUCCAAAAUCUUAUCGUUAUUAUGACUCGAAGACUUGCGGAUUAGACUUCCAAGGAGCUCUAGAAGACAUUUCUAAAAUGCCAGAGAAGUCAAUAAUCCUUUUACAUGCCUGUGCCCACAAUCCUACGGGUGUUGAUCCCAAACCUGAGCAAUGGAAAGAAUUGUCAGCAUUGAUUAAGAAAAAAAACCUAUUCCCAUUCUUUGAUAUGGCGUACCAAGGUUUUGCAUCAGGUGAUUGUGCAAGAGACGCAAUGGCCGUAAGGAUGUUCGUCAAGGAAGGCCACCAGAUAGCUCUAGCACAGUCGUAUGCUAAAAAUAUGGGGCUCUACGGUGAGCGUGUUGGAGCGUUUUCAUUGGUGACGUCAAGUGCUGAUGAAGCUGCACGCACGAUGUCUCAGAUAAAAAUACUAAUCCGGCCAAUGUUUUCUAACCCGCCUAUCAGCGGCGCUCGCAUUGUUAAUGAAAUUCUGAGCGACCCGGCGUUGAAACAAGAAUGGCUUGGAGAUGUUAAAUCUAUGGCUGAUCGUAUUAUUGGAGUGCGUAAUAAAUUGAAAGAAUACUUGAAGAAAAACGGCAGCUCUCGCGACUGGUCACAUAUCACUGAUCAAAUUGGAAUGUUCUGUUUCACUGGACUUAAACCCAAUGAGGUGGAAAAAUUAACUUCCGAGCAUCAUAUUUACUUGACUAAAGAUGGUAGAAUAUCGAUGGCUGGAGUCACCUCCAAAAAUGUUGAGUAUUUAGCUCACGCCAUGCACCAAGUUACUAAAUAG